AACAGCGGCGUCACUUCCUGUGGAUUGCGGCUCCCAACAAAGAUGGCGGACAUGGACGAGCUGUUCGGGAGUGAUGGAGACAGCGACAAUGACCAAAGAGAGUCUGGUUCUGGUUCGGGUUCUGACUCGGAGCCGGGGAGGCCUCGAUCGGCGAGCAACGCCUCAGGCAGCGAGAGCGAGAGGGAGCACAACGAUGAGGAGGACGAUGAAGGACAAGAGGCGGGGAAGCCCAGCAUGAAUAAGGAGCUGUUUGGAGACGACAGCGAGGACGAGCAGCGCAGCCAGCACAGCGGCAGCGACAACGACAACCAAUCAGAACGCUCCGGGAACCAGUCAGACGCCAGCGUGCACUCGGACCAGGGAGAGGACGACCGCUCUGAGGCCGAGCAGCACAGCGGGUCGGAGCACGGCCAACGGGACGAGGACGAAGAUGAGGACAACGUGGGACACAGGUCGGGCGGGGGAAGCCCGGCCAGCAGCGUGGGGUCCGGCGCCGGGAGCCCCCGCUCCGGACGUGGCAGCGUCCAGUCGGACAGAAGUCUUCACAGCGACCCCGGGACCCCUCAGUCGGGGCCGGGCACCCCUCACUCGGACGGGGAGGCGUCGGUCAGGGAGAACCAAUCGGAUGACGAGAAGUGGGAAGGGGGAGGAGCUAAGAGCGACCAGUCGGAGGACGAGGAGGAGAAACCACACUAUUCUGACGAAGAUAGAGAGAACUCUGAGGACGAGGGUCUGAGGAACAGGAAGUCAGACUCUGCCAAAGGCAGCGACAGUGAAGACGAGUUCAUCCGACAGAAAACCAAACCUAAAGCUGCGUCAGAUUCAGAUUCUGACAGCGACGCUGAAACGAAGAAACCGAACACCACGGCAGCUGACGACCUGUUCGGAGAGGCCGACGACAUCUCUUCAGACAGCGACGCAGAAAAGCCUCCGACCCCGGGACAGCCUCUGGACGGAGAGGAGGGGAUGGAAGGGGAGCAGGCAGAGGAGGAGCCCGCGCCCGAGACUCGCAUCGAAGUGGAGAUCCCAAAAGUUAGCACGGAUCUGGGAUCGGACCUUUAUUUUGUUAAGCUGCCCAACUUCCUGUCUGUGGAGCCCAGACCCUUUGACCCACAGUACUACGAGGACGAGUUCGAGGAUGAGGAGAUGCUGGAUGAAGAGGGCCGGACCCGACUCAAGCUGAAGGUGGAAAACACCAUCAGGUGGAGAGCCAAGAGAGACGAGGAGGGAAACGAGACGCGGGAGAGCAACGCUCGCAUCGUCAAGUGGUCUGACGGCAGCAUGUCUCUGCACCUGGGGAACGAAGUGUUCGACGUCUACAAAGCUCCUCUGCAGGGAGACCACAACCACCUGUUCAUCCGACAGGGGACCGGUCUGCAGGGCCAGGCCGUCUUCAAGACCAAACUCACCUUCAGGCCUCACUCCACAGACAGCGCCACCCACAGGAAGAUGACCCUGUCUCUGGCCGACCGCUGCUCCAAGACGCAGAAGAUCCGAAUCCUCCCCAUGGCUGGCAGAGACCCGGAGUCUCAGCGCAACGAAAUGAUCAAAAAAGAGGAGGAGCGUCUGCGAGCCUCCAUCCGCAGGGAGUCCCAGCAGAGGAGGAUGAGGGAGAAGCAGCACCAGAGGGGUCUGAGCAGCAGCUACCUGGAGCCCGAUCGCUACGAUGAUGAAGAGGAGGGCGAGGAAGCCAUCAGCCUGGCAGCUAUCAAGAGCAAAUACAAGGGAGGAGGCCUGAGAGAGGAGCGAGCCAGGAUCUACUCCUCAGACAGCGACGAAGGCUCUGAUGAAGACAAGGCUCAGAGGCUGAUGAAGGCCAAGAAGCUGGACAGUGACGAGGAGGGUGAAGGGUCGGUGAAGAGGAAGUCUGAGGACGACGAAGAAACGGCCACGAAGAAGGCGAAGAAAUAUGUCAUCAGUGAUGAAGAGGAAGAGGAGGAGGAUGAA